CUCUUGGAGUUGUCUGUCUUCUUCAAUGGCGUUUUCUCUUUGGACCAUUCCAUGGUGUGACGGUGAACUGGAUUUGGCCUCUUGUUGCUUCCAAAGAACAGUCAUUGACCUCUUAAAUCUGAUAUUCCUCUCUACCUUCUACCUGCUCGCCGUAAUUGGUUUUAUUUCAAAACACAGUAUAGUUCGGGGAAACAAGAAGAACUGGUUCUUUGUGACAGCAGCCAUACUUUGUUCUGUCACAAGCAUCGCUUACAUCGGUGCUGGAUUAAUGAAUCUGAUCGGCGAUUCCAGAGACGACAGUGGCUUGCCUUGGUUUGUUUUCUUUGUCAGAGGAAUCAUCUGGGCCUCGUUUUCAGUCACAUUGCUUGCCAAUGGCUCCAAAUGGAUUGAGAUUCUCAUAUCUGUUUGGUGGGUCACUUUUGCAAUCUUGGAUUCAGCUGUGAAAACAGAGAUUUUAGCGAGAGGAGAUGGUAUCUCGAUUGCUGAAAUCGUAACUUGGCCAUCAAGUCUUUUGCUUCUCUUUUGCAGCUACAAGAACUCCAUUGAUUCUCCCUCUCAAGAUCGGAGGGAAACAGGUCUUUCUGAUCCUCUAUUGACUGAAAACCCUAGAAAGAACUUGCUGACACUAUCCAAAGCCGGGUUCUUCAGCAGAAUAUCAUUUUCUUGGAUCAAUCCCUUGCUCUCAGAAGGCUACACGAAACCAUUAGCCCUCGAAGAUAUCCCGAGUCUAGUCCCUGAGGAUGAAGCUGAAUUAGCUUAUGAGAAAUUUUCUCAAGCUUGGGAUGCUCUUGUUUCGGACAAGAGGUCAGUGGACAAAAGAAAGUUGGCUUUUAGAGCCGUUUUGAAAGUAUACCUAAGGGAAAACAUGUACAUUGCAGUUUGUGCCUUCCUCGGAAUAGUUUCCGUUGUAUCCCUUCCUCUCAUGCUUUAUGCUUUCGUGGAGUAUGCAAACAGUAAGCAAAAAGAUCUUCUUCAAGGUGCUUUCAAUUUAGUUUGCCUGAUAAUACUGAAGCUGGUUGAAUCUUUGACAACGAGGCAUUGGCAUUUUGCUGCGAGAAGAUCAGGAAUGAGGAUACGAUCUGCAUUAAUGGCUGCUGUGUAUAGAAAGCAGCUGAAGUUAUCGAGCUUGGGGAGGAAAAGGCAUUCCACAGGAGAGAUCGUGAAUUAUAUCGCCAUGGAUGCUUAUCGUAUGGGAGAAUUCCUUUGGUGGUUCCAUACUGGAUGGAUUCUUUCCCUGCAGCUUUUGCUUUCUACAGCCGUGCUUUACGGAAUCGUUGGGACGGGAGCUUUCCCGGGCCUAUGCCUUCUUCUCGUUUGCAGUUUCCUCAACGUACCCUUCGCAAAGAUGCUUCAGAACUUCCAGGCAGAGUUUAUGGUUGCACAGGAUAAGCGGUUGAGAGCCACCUCAGAAAUUCUCAACAGUAUGAAAGUCAUUAAGCUGCAGUCAUGGGAAGAGGAAUUCAAGAAAAGGAUUGAGUCUUAUCGUACCGACGAGUUCAAGUGGCUGGCUAAGACUCAACUGAUGAAAGCCGUCAGCUCCUUUCUGUAUUGGAUGUCCCCUACAGUAGUUUCUUCCGUGAUAUUUGUAGGGUGUGCUCUGUUGAAGAGUGCUCCACUGAAUGCAAGCACCAUUUUCACCGUCUUAGCUACACUGAGAGUCAUGUCGGAACCCGCCAAGGUUCUGCCCGAGGCUAUUUCUGCAACCAUCCAAAUGAAUGUCUCUUUUGAAAGGAUUAACAACUUCCUGCAAGACGACGAGGUUGUAAGAACUGAAACUGAGCAGGAGAAACCUGUAGAAGUUGUUAACAUAAAAACAGGUAACUUCGGUUGGUAUGAUCCAGAGAUCAAGAUUCCAACUCUUCAAAACAUAGAUUUGGGGAUAAAGCAUGGCCAGAAGGUUGCGGUCUGUGGACCCGUCGGGGCAGGAAAGUCAUCGCUGCUUCAUGCAAUACUUGGAGAAAUACCGAAAGUUUCUGGAAUGGUAAAAGUGUAUGGAUCGAUUGCAUAUGUAUCUCAAACUUCUUGGAUCCAGAGUGGUAAUAUCCGAGACAACAUUCUUUACGGAAAGCCGAUGGAAACUGAAAGAUACAAUGCAGCUAUAAGAGCUUGUGCUUUGAAUAAGGACGUAGAGAGUUUUCCCAAUGGCGAUCUUACAGAAAUAGGGCAAAGAGGGCUUAACUUGAGUGGAGGACAGAAGCAAAGGAUUCAGCUCGCUCGUGCUGUAUAUAAUGAUGCUGAUAUUUAUCUCCUUGAUGAUCCUUUCAGUGCCGUGGAUGCACAUACAGCCGGAGAACUUUUCCAUGAAUGUGUUGUGGACUCAUUAAGAGAUAAAACUGUCAUUCUAGUCACUCACCAAGUGGAGUUUCUCUCUGAAGUCGAUCAAAUCUUGGUUAUGGAGGAAGGAAGGAUCACUCAGGCGGGUAAGUGUGAAGAGCUCUUGAAGAUGGGAGCUGCAUUUCAACAGCUUGUGACUGCACACAAGGAUGCAGUAACUGUAUUACCACCUCAAAUGAGUAAGAAUGAAGAUAGAGACAAAUGGGGAGGAAAUAUCACUGUUGUUGAAAACAAAGAAGAUGAUAUUGUUGAACAGAAUAAUGUUCAUGGAGUUCAACUUACCGAAGAAGAAGAAAAAGAGACGGGUUAUGUUGGAUGGAAGCCUUUCAUGGAUUAUAUCAAUGUCUCCCAUGGAUGGUUUCAUCUCUGGUCAUGCUUAUUGAUUCAGGUUGGCUUUGUUGCUUUACAAGCUUCAGCAACAUACUGGCUAGCCUUUGCCAUUGAGAUUCCUGAAAUCACUACAACAGUGGUUAUUGGAGUUUACAGUAUUCUCUCGGCUCUUGGUGUCGGUUUUGUGUACCUGAGAGGCUUUACAGUUGCUCAGCUUGGAUUAAAAGCUUCCAAGGCCUUCUUUGCUGGUUUCACCAGUUCAAUAUUCCGAGCUCCGAUGCUUUUCUUCGAUUCUACUCCUGUUGGUCGGAUCCUGACCCGAGCUUCAUCUGAUUUGAGCGUCUUAGAUUUCAACAUUCCAUUCUCGUUUAUAUACGUGGUGGGUACGGCUUUUGAGCUCGUAGCAAAUAUUCUUGUGAUGGCAUCGGUUACGUGGCAAGUAAUCGUUGUCGCUCUUCUUGCUAUGGCAGCAACGAAGUAUGUUCAGGAUUACUAUCUUGCCUCUGCAAGGGAACUAAUUAGGAUAAACGGAACAACGAAAGCUCCGGUAAUGAACUAUGCAACAGAGACGACACUCGGAGUUGUGACGAUACGUGCUUUCGGAUCAGAAGAAAGGUUCUUUAAAAACUACCUGAAGCUCAUAGACAUGGAUGCUGGGCUUUUCUUUCUAUCAAACGCAGCCAUGGAGUGGGUGAUUAUGAGGAUAGAGACUCUUCAAAACUUGACUCUAAUCACUUGUGCUCUUCUUCUCAUCCUUAUUCCUAAUGAAUACAUAGCUCCAGGGCUCGUAGGGCUUUCACUCUCCUAUGCAUUAACACUGACGCGAUCUCAGGUUUUCCUGACCAGAUGGUAUUGCACCUUAUCGAAUUCCAUCAUUUCAGUAGAAAGGAUUCAACAGUAUACGCACAUACCGGCUGAGCCUCCAGCAAUUGUGGAGGAAAACAGGCCGCCGUCCUCGUGGCCUUCCAAUGGUACAAUACAGUUGCAGGAGCUUAAGAUAAGGUAUCGCCUGACUGCUCCGCUGAUUCUCAAAGGAAUCUCUUGCACAUUCAAGGAAGGGACAAGAGUAGGAGUUGUCGGAAGAACGGGUAGUGGCAAAAGCACCUUAAUCAGUGCUCUAUUUCGCUUGGUGGAACCAGCAAGCGGUCGUAUACUGAUUGAUGGAAUUGACAUAUGUAGCAUCGGCCUGAAAGAUCUGAGAAUGAAACUCAGUAUCAUUCCUCAAGAACCAACUCUUUUCCGGGGCUGCAUAAGAACCAACCUCGACCCUUUAGGCCUUUACUCUGAUGAUGAAAUAUGGAAGGCACUAGAGAAGUGUCAGCUCAAGGCUACAGUUAGCAAUCUGCCAAACAAACUCGAUUCCUCGGUAAGCGAUGAAGGCGAGAACUGGAGCAUCGGGCAGAGACAGCUGUUCUGUCUUGGAAGAGUACUGCUGAAAAAGAACAGAAUAUUAGUGUUGGAUGAAGCUACGGCUUCCAUCGACUCAGCUACUGACGCCAUUAUACAGAGAACCAUAAGACAAGAGCUUGCCGAAUGCACAGUGAUAACAGUUGCUCAUAGAGUUCCAACUGUAAUAGACAGUGACAUGGUCUUGGUUCUGUCCUUCGGAAACCUGAUCGAAUAUGAUAAACCGUCGAAGCUGAUGGAGAUUGAUUCUUCCUUCUCCAAGCUUGUGGCUGAGUAUUGGGCUAGUUGCAGGGGAAGUUCUUCUGGAGAUCUUCAAAUCCAUAAGUAAAUGCAACAACCUUGUUUUAGAUUAAUUUCUUUCAGACCGGCAAACUCUGUGAAACCGUUUGGAGUCAUUUGAAGCAUGUGCAUUAUAUGGGAAUCAUACAAAAUUGUGAUUCACUAGU